ACCAAAAUAUCUAGUAUACAUUUAUGGGCGUAAUCCUGCCCGGGAAAACUCCAACCGCCUCAGCGUCGUGUUUUCUUCUUUCCAACAGAAAUUUAAACCGGAACAGCCUCUAACAGACAAUUUCCACCUCCCCACCCCACCCCACCCAUAAAAGAAGCAAAUGCUUCUCUUCAAGCCUUCAAUGGCAGCUCAAUCUCUUCCCAAAACCCUAAUUUUCUCUUCAACACAAAGCCCUAAUGCCCACCGAGCAUCCCUGGACAUCGCCAAGUCCAUGGUCACGACGGAGAGAACUGCAACAACGACCAACUUAGCUCCGCCUCAAAGACGAACCGUGUCUGCCUCUGAAGCCCGAAUCUCUCUCGUUUUCGCUCUUGCUUCUCAAGCUUCCUCUGUCUCUCAACGACGUAAAUUUUUGAUGGACUUGGCCUCGGAGACUGCGAAAUACGUGUUUCCAAAGAGGUUUGAGAGCCGGAAUUUGGAGGAAGCGUUAAUGGCAGUCCCGGAUCUUGAGACUGUGAGGUUUAAGGUUCUGAGUAGGACAGACCAAUAUGAGAUAAGGGUAGUUGAGCCUUAUUUUAUAGCUGAGACAACAAUGCCGGGGAAGACUGGAUUUGAUUUUAAUGGUGCAUCUCAAUCCUUCAAUGUUCUAGCUGAGUACCUGUUUGGUAAGAAUACAAGUAAGGAGACAAUGGAGAUGACUACCCCUGUUUUUACAAGCAGGACUCAAUCUGAUGGGGAGAGGAUGGAAAUGACAACACCUGUGAUAACGAAGAAGGUGGAAAAACAAGGUAAGUGGCAGAUGUCUUUUGUCAUGCCGUCAAAGUAUGGUUCCAAUGUGCCAUUGCCUAAAGAUCCUUCAGUGAGGAUCAAAGAGGUGCCAAGGAAAGUUGUUGCAGUUGUUGCCUUCUCAGGUUUUGUUACUGAUGAAGAAGUUAAACGACGGGAACUGAAACUACGAGAUGCUCUGAAAAAUGACAGGCAGUUUCAAGUUAAAGAAGGUGCUUCAGUAGAAGUUGCGCAGUACAAUCCACCGUUUACACUUCCAUUCACUCGCCGUAAUGAGAUUGCACUAGAAGUAGAAAAGAAGGAAGGAUAACUCUGGAUAAGGGAUUGUAGAACCCCGAGGUAUCUGCUUACUGAAUAUACAAUAAUGUUUUCCCUGUAAACUCAGUUAAACCACUUGUUUUAAUAUUUGUCUGACUGACCAGGUGGCAUCAAGUAUUAUCUAAUGCACUUGUGGAAUCCAUCUAUAUGAUUGUACAAAUUUGGUGAAUUAUUCCUUUUACAUUUCAAUCCCACACCACAACUUGUGUGUAUGGUAGUGGGAGAGUCACAAACUAAAUUGAUUGUUACUAUGCAAUUUUUGUCUGGAAUUUGGUUGUUUUGAACA